AAUAUUGUUUGAGGAACUUCUGUGUCUUCUCUCUGCUUUAUAUUCAUAUCUGAACUUCUAAACGAGUUUCUGAUUGAACAAAGAGCAGCGUUUCUGACAGAUUAAACAUCACGAGCUAAAAGCAUCACCAAUAAAACAUUAGAAACAUAAAACUUAAGUGCUUUUAAGGCGGUUCGUGCAUUUUCCCAUUUAACCUCAUUUUAACCAUUUUGUUUAACUUGUAGCCCACUAAACACAUAUACAUAUAUAUACACACAUAUAUUUUUUUUUUUUACAAAUAUAUGAAAAUAAAAUGACAGAAGCUAAAUCGCAGCCUAGUCUAAUUAAAAUUAAAACACAAAAAUGCGAUAUUUAUCAUUUAUGAUUAACACCUCAAACAGAAACAAACCAACAUCAGGCCAAAAAUUCAAAGGUAAGUCACAGACGUGAAACUAUUUUGAAAGUUUCUGUUUACCGCAGAAACGCCGUCGCCUGACGUCAGUGCCGUAAAGCGCCAGCCACUGUCGUGAAGCGGAUCGUGCGCGGCAGUUGUCACGCCGUGCGCUCAACUCGUGAAAGAUUCGUGGUUAUUAAUAGCGUAAAUGAAUAAACAGGAGCGCAAAAAACACACAAGCCGUCGGAGGACCGAGAGGUAAUACGAAACAUAUCCACUGAGCAACUAACAGAAGGCGGUCCGGUCCGGAGGAUGUUUGUUCUGGUGGAGAUGGUGGACACGGUCCGGAUUCCGCCUUGGAGUUUCCACCGACACCUGAACGACGCGAUCGCCGAGGAGCUCAACAAGAAACUCGCCAACAAGGUGGUGUUUAACGUGGGUUUGUGCGUCUGUCUGCACGACAUCACUCAGCUGGAGGACUCGUACAUCUUCCCCGGGGACGGAGCGUCUCACACUAAAGUGCACUUCCGGUACGUGGUCUUCCGCCCGUUCCUCGACGAGAUUCUGGUGGGGAAGAUUAAAGGCUGCAGUGCUGAAGGUGUUCACGUGAGUCUCGGAUUGUUCGACGACAUCGUAAUCCCGCCGGAGUCGCUGCAGCAGCCGGCCAAAUUCGACGAGGCGGAGCAGGUGUGGGUGUGGGAGUACGAGACGGACGAGGGCGCUCACGACCUCUACAUGGACCAGGGCGAGGAGAUCCGCUUCCGGGUGGUGGACGAGGUCUUCAUCGACACGUCGCCCUCGGGCCCCGGCGCGGAGAAGGAGGGGCCCAGCGCCGCCGCAGCGCCCCCCGCGGAACCGGAGGACAAACAGGCUCCGUACACGCUCGUAGUGAGAUUUAACACACCCUUAAAUGAAGCGACGGUUACCAUGGAGCCGGUUCCGCCCACCGUUUGUCUUUAAAGUAUCGCACGCUGAUGAUUCGCGCACGCUAACGUCGCAAACGUCUGUCGUUUUUUUUCUCCCGCAGGGAUCUGUGAGCGAACCGGGUCUGGGUCUUCUGUCUUGGUGGAACAGUUAACGGUCCGCUGCGACGACUUCUCAGACUCUGCGGACCAAUCAGCGAGCGGCUGGUGGCGGCCAAUCACAGACGCUUCACGAAAGAGCCGUUUAUAACGAUUUGUUGCGUUCGAUUCCCUAAGGAGUUUAAUUUAUCGAUAAAUGCUCGUCUCUUUUCCAACACGGACUUGAAUAUUUUCGUGCGACGGCGUGUGCGCGUGUGGUUUUUGGUUUUCUCGACGACAUUAAAAAUGGAA